GCCGGGCGGACGGACCGACGGACGGACGCCCCCGCACACGCAGACGCACAGAGCUCGGCGCGGCCCCCGUCACACACACACACACACACACACUCGCGCAGACACACACAGGAACACACGCAGACACACGCACACUCGCGCGCGCACAUCCUCCCGCCAGCCUGCCCGCCCGCCCGCUCGCCGGCGCCCGGAGCCCGCUCUGGCCGUGUGCCUUUCGCUGAAGCCCCCAAUGGCGCCUUUCCCCGUCCAGACACCUUGGGAAUGAAUUAUGAGGAAGCCAGGAGUGAGAGACGGAAGCACCCCUCUGAUGACUCCGAGGGAGGGGCCCUGGACAUGUGCUGCAGCGAGAGGCUGCCGGGUCUCCCCCAGCCGGUAGUGAUGGAGGCGCCCGACCAGGCCGAAGGGCUCGCGGACCCGCAGAGAGAAAUGCCACCGCCCCCGCCGCCUUCGCAGCCCUCGGAGCCGGCUCCGAAGCCACCACCUCGGGGCGCCGGGAGCCACUCCCUCCCUGUCAGGAGCAGCCUGUGCCUGUUGGCUGCCUCCCAGUUCCUGCUUGCCUGCGGGGUGCUCUGGCUCAGCGGCUAUGGCCCCAUCUGGUCACAGAAUGCCACAGACCUCAUCUCCUCCUUGUUCACGCUACUGGAACAGCUGGGACCCAUGGCCUGGCUGGGCAUUAGGACCUGGGAAGUCCCCAAUCUGCUGCUGGUUACUCUGUCUGUGAUCCUCAUUACCACCCUGGUGUGGCACCUCUUGAGGGCUCCCCCAGAGCCACCCGCCCCACCGGGCCCUGAGGACAGGCGCCAGUCAGUGAGCCGCCAGCCUUCUUUCACCUACUCCGAGUGGAUGGAAGAGAAGGUUGAAGAUGACUUCCUGGACCUGGACCCCGUCCCUGAGACUCCUGUGUUUGAUUGCGUGAUGGACAUCAAGCCAGAAGCCGAUCCAGCCUCACUCACCGUCAAGGCCAUGGGUCUACAGGAAAGGAGGGGCUCCAAUGUCUCCCUGACCCUGGACAUGUGCACACCAGGCUGCAAUGAGGAGGGCUUUGGCUAUCUCGUGUCCCCACGCGAGGAGUCAGCCCGCGAGUACCUGGUCAGCGCCUCCCGUGUCCUGCAGGCCGAGGAGCUUCACGAGAAGGCCCUGGACCCCUUCCUGCUGCAGGCAGAAUUCUUUGAAAUCCCCAUGAACUUCGUGGACCCAAAGGAGUACGACAUCCCUGGGCUGGUGCGGAAGAACCGGUACAAAACCAUCCUUCCCAACCCCCACAGCAGAGUGUGUCUGACCUCACCAGACCCUGAUGACCCUCUGAGUUCCUACAUCAACGCCAACUACAUCCGGGGCUAUGGUGCAGAGGAGAAGGUGUACAUCGCCACGCAGGGACCCAUCGUCAGCACCGUCAGCGACUUCUGGCGCAUGGUGUGGCAGGAGCACACGCCCAUCAUAGUCAUGAUCACCAACAUCGAGGAGAUGAAUGAGAAGUGCACUGAGUAUUGGCCGGAGGAGCAGGUGAUGUACGACGGCGUGGAGAUCACUGUGCGAAAAGUCAUACACACUGAGGAUUACCGGCUGCGACUCAUCUCCCUCAGGAGCGGGACUGAAGAGCGAGGCCUGAAGCAUUACUGGUUCACGUCCUGGCCCGACCAGAAGACCCCAGACCGGGCUCCCCCGCUGCUGCACCUGGUGCGGGAGGUGGAGGAGGCCGCCCGGCAGGAGGGCCCCCACUGCGCCCCCAUCGUCGUCCACUGCAGCGCAGGGAUCGGGAGGACAGGCUGCUUCAUUGCCACGAGCAUCUGCUGCCAGCAGUUGCGGCAGGAGGGAGUGGUGGACAUCCUUAAGACCACGUGCCAGCUCCGUCAGGACAGGGGUGGCAUGAUCCAGACAUGUGAGCAAUACCAGUUUGUGCACCAUGUCAUGAGCCUCUACGAGAAGCAGCUGUCACGCCAGUCCCCAGAGUGACUGUGCUCCUGCCCUGAGGUCCUCUGGGCACCACCCAACCUGAGUCUGGGCCCUCACCCCGGUCACAUGCAGGCCCUGCCUCGGGUCCCCGUCUGCCCCCUAUCUCUGCCCCUCCUGCUUCCUUCUCUUCACUCUGCCUUCCCUCCUCCCUCCUCCGGCAGCCUUGGCCUGGCCCCUGGCCCCUCCACAUAGCUCUUCCCACUGUACAUACUGGGGACCGGGGCAGGGUGGCGGAGGGAUGUGCCAGGCCAGGCCUGGGGCCCCGGAGCCUGUCCCACACCAUGCAGACCUGGGGCCUCAGUUUUUAAUGAUAGUUCCAUUGCUACUUGAUCCAAAACGUUUCUGUGCCGCAAGCGUCCCGCUGUAGCGCGUCUGUCUGUCCGUCUGUCUCUGCUGUCUGUACCGGACACUGUGUCUCCUCAGCCCGGGGAAAGGGGUGAUGAGUUCCAGCCCCAAAGUAGCCUAGGCAGAGGUGCCUGCCUGGGUCCCCUCCCACACUUCCCACCUGGCGGAUUGUGUUUUGCCCCAGUUACUGGGAUCGGGAUGAGGAGCGCCUGAGGAACUGGCCAAGAGAUCUCAGCUGGGCGAGAGAUCUCUGGGCUGGGGUGGGGUGGGGUGUCACAGCCAGGUGACCUCUUGCUGUCAGUUGCCGUCAGGGGGCAGUGACCAGCCUGUGAGGCGUUGAGGAAGCAGCGGACGGAGGGGGGCUGUGAGCCCAGAGGACCUGGGCCCU